GCGGCGGUGGCCGGGAUGGCCUCCGCGGGACGGGUGCGGACCCGGCGAGGCGCGGGUGCGAGAUAUUCCAAGAACACUGUAGGAAGAACACGUUCCACGGGAGGUAAAGCCGGCCAACCCCACAAGCCCACUGACGUGUAUGAUUUUUCUGAGAAUUCUGGAAUCUCGAGCGUGGGCAGGAUGAGUGAAAAUGAGAAAGAUGAAGAACCUUACGAAUCCUUUGAGCCUCCUCUGCACAGCACUGCUAUCUACAGCGAGGAGGCUGAGCUCUCCCAGCACUGCGGGUCCUUCAUCCCUUCACCCCCGCGAGGACAAGAAGCAAGAAGGAGUCCGAACGCUUCUGAAACUGAAGACAGCGAAAACGAGCCUGUGAAAGUUAGUGCGAAAAAGCGAGGAAGAAAACUCAAGCCCAUUAGUGAUGAAUCUGAAAGCUGCAAUGAAAGGGAUAAACCAGAGAAAAUAGGUAGCCAGCGACCUGAAGCUGUGUCGCCUUCAGAACUUUCGGAGAAGUCAGCUGAACUUGGCACUUCUGAAAAGAAAACUCAGAAAAAGAAGGCGUAUCGUGGCAAAAGAAAGAAAUCAAGAAGCGAAGCCAUGGACUCAGGUAUGCCAGACUGUGCACAUAUUUGGUGUCUACAAGGAAAGCAAAGCAGUGACAUCAUGGACUUAGAUGUUGUUUUGUCAGCACUUGAGGAAACCCUCCCCGAGUAUAAACAAAGCAUAGAAUCUAAAAUUUGCCAGGAAGCAGUCGGCAAAUUCCAUUCUAGUAUGAAAGAAGAGCUCAUCAGAAUGCUUGCGGAAGUCCAGAUGUUGAAAACUCUGAGGAGGAGGAAUGCUAAGACGAUUUCAGAUAUUGAAAAGAAAAGGCAGCGUUUGGUUGAAGUCCAGGAUGAACUGCUUUGUUUAGAACCACAGCUGAAACAACUACAAACAAAAUAUGAUGAACUUAAGGAGAGAAAAUCUUCUCUGAAGGAUGCAGCAUGCUUCUUAUCUAAUUUAAAGCAGCUUCAUCAAGAUUAUUCAGAUAUUCAGGAGAGACAACCAAAUGUAAAGGAAACGUAUGACUCAUCCAGCCUCCCAGCGCUGCUAUUCAAAGAAAGAACUCUCUUAGGAGCUGAAAGCCAUCUGCAAAAUAUCAACCAUCAAUUGGAGAAACUCCUUGCCCAGAAAUGAGACCAGUCUGCUAAAACGUGCGGCCUGGGUACAGAUGAGUCCCACGCUCCUGCUGCCUUCCAAAGCUCCUGCCUAUUGCUGAAGCAGCACUCUUGAUAGAUGUAAGAAAGUAAACGUGUCUAGUUCAGGCUGGUGUGUGGCCGUGUCACCAGUUUGACUGUACAGUAGCUCGAGAGGACAUAAUUAACUUGCCAGGUUAGUGUCCUGAGUGAUAAGUUAACCUAUAAAUACGCAAAAUUAGCUGAUGUGCAUACAGACUAACUUUGGUUAAUCAAUAAGAGAUUUCUACUGAAUGUAAGUACACUGAAUCUAAUUUUCAAUAAAACUGGUUUACUCCAGUAAAAAACAAGAAUUGGAAUGCAAAAUGAUAAAAUUAAUUGGUAUUAACCGAUUUAACAAGAUACUGUAAUUUAAUCUGUCUUCAGGCAAAUUACAACCUGGUUACAAGUGCACAGUUAAUUAGCUAUUCUGUAAUACUUCCACAAUUACUUCGUCAGGAAUUUCAUCCACUCCACCAUUAUAACUGGGAAGGCUGUUCUCUGCAGCUUCUGCUAAUUCAGCAUCCUCAGUAGCUUCCAAGAAAUAAGUAUCGUCAGGGCCACUGUCCCAGUCAGGGUCAGAGCACACACCUCCUGACGACGCGCCGGAUGAUGGCACAUGAAGGCUCUGGGUCCCAUCGUUCAUGGUUUCCUGUGUUGCAAACUCUUCUUCCUUUAGUUCCAAAGAGAAGGACGGGAUAGGAGAAAACACUGUAUUCAUUCAGAGUAUGUGACGAUUUCAUAGAGCACCCUGUGUUGGAUUAAGGUAUAAGACCAGUACAGCAGAUAUCCAAGUGACUAUGCUACAUGGUGGUGUCUUUGAUACCGUCACCUUGAGAGUGAACUCUCGUUCAAAUAUUGCUGCCACUGUCGCCAGAACACUCUGGAAAUGCCUGCAGUUCCUACAAUACAUCCUGUUAAAAAAAACAAAAAAACAAAAAACAGGCGGCCUAGAGCAGGGCUAGGUUGAUUUUUUUUUUUUUUUUAAAGUGGAUAGCCCAGCUGAAGGCAAACUGGAAAGUAGAUCUAUCUGAACAGACUUAAAGAAACAGUUUAGACAAUUGUCAAACUGUGACUGGAUUGUAUAUUAUAUAAUUGUAUUGUGUCAACAUUAAAUUUUCUGAAUUUAAUAAAAUGCUCUUAUUCUCCA